GGUAUGUUUGCGAAUCGAAAGACUCUUCCAACAUGGUGUCAAGGAUCAAUCCCUUUUUGUGCUCCAUGGUAGGCCUACUGGUGACUUUAACGUCUUUAGUAGCAGUUUCGUAUGGGAGUAUAAGUGCUAUGAGCCCAUUAAGGCUUAACAAUGAAGAUACCGAUUCGACCAAAAUUGGGACAAAGUUUAGAAGAGACGGUCGUAAUUACGCAGAGCCUGGAACCUCAACUGGUGUAAUAACUCGAAAAGGAUCUCUUGCCUUUGAUUCCGAUUAUGAGACUAACUCAGCGGAUGUGGAUUCUCGGCACCUGUUGAUGAAUGGCAAACUAAAACGCAUCAGGCCUUUGGUGCAGUGCUCUGAUGACGCAAUGACCUUGCGAGUGAAAGGACAGCGGAUGCCCCGUUUUCUGGUUGACAAUGGUGAAGGGUCUCUCAUUCCGUUGAAUCGAAUGCCUUCUCAUUGUGGCUUCUCUGUGAGGUGGUCCAGCAGAGAGGUGCUAUUUGUAGCUCCAUACAAAGGCUGCCAUGUAACUGAACAGGGUGGUGAUCAUGUACUGUAUCUAAGACUAUGGGGGGAAUCCAUGACAAUGUCUUGUCCCCUUUUCCCCUCUUCACCUUCUGUAACCUGCUUCACUUACGGAAUGGUGUUAAAUAUGGGUAAUAUUGGAGCAGACUCACUCAAAGUGAAAGUCUAUGAUGUAUGGAAACCCGUGCUGUCUUCUGGAGAACUUUGUGGAUUUGCUAUGGUGUCACACUCCAGAGAAACGUUGAUUACUGCUCCUUACAAAGAACCCUGCAUCAAGAUAAAGGAUAAUAAGCAUGUUCUUGUCCUGCAUGCUAAUGGUCAAGAGGUUUCGGUAUCCUGCCCAUCUCACACUGGCCCUGUGGAUCCUCUGAUGCCAUCCAUCACCACGGCUACACCAACGACUGGGGGCUCCUCCCACUCUCAGUCCGCAGAGCUGCCUUCUAACCGUGGGUACCAACAGUUUCCAGGGUCUCGUCCGCUCCCUGGAUCUUUCCCAACAACUGACCCUACUAGGGCUGCACCCACAGAACUUCCUCAAAUCCCCAGGUUCCCCACACCAUUCUCAACGAGAGCUGCCCCCACGGAUCCUCAAUACCCCGGGUUCCCUCAAUACCCCGGGUUCCCUCAAUACCCCGGGUUCCCUCAAUACCCCGGGUUCCCUCAAUACCCAAGGUUCCCCGGAUCGUUUCCUUCGACACCAGAGCUCUCUCCCUACCCCGGGUUCCCAAAUUUCCCUGGGUUCUUUCCACCGUUGCCAACAACUGCCAUCAUAAGAGCUGAUCCCCAGAUGCCAGAACUUCCUCCUUACCCCCAAUUCCCAGGGUUCCCUCCCUACCCUGGGUUCCCCAGACCCACUUCUGUAGCAUCUGGGUUCCCCACUCUGAAUGCCAUCCAUGAUGAGCGCUGCACCAACUAG